AAGAAGCAGCUGGUGGCUGUAUUUCGAAAAAUAUCUAAAAAACCCCAAUAAAGCUACGAAAUCAAUAUUAUAAAAAAACGAAGAAGUAAUGAUUAAAGCAAGAAAAUUCAUUUAGAAUUUCGAAGAGAGUAAUGUUUCGAAAAGAAAAUAUAAAAUCAACAGGUAUAAGUGAAUUAACAAGAAAGUGAAAUAUAAAGCAACCAAUAUGUAUAACAAUGGAACCAAAAUAAUUAAAAGUUUCUACAAAUAAUUAUAAAGAGAAUAAAUAAAAAGUAAAUACGAUUGAAGUGACCUUUAAAAAGUGGACCAAAGAUAAAUCCCUACCCUAUUUCAAUCCUAAUCUUUUUUGUGAUUAUAAUAAUUUAAAACGAGAUUGAAACUGUUCUAAAAAAAACUAAAAAACAAAAUACUUCAAGCUCCGUUUCGAAUAUUUAAUUUAAAAUUUAUACAACUGAGAUAUAUGGAAAAGGGCUUUAAGGACUGCCAUGACACCAAAGUUCAACUAACAGCAUCACCAGCAUGUAUUGCACCAAAGAUUGCACCUGCAGCCUGUGCCGCGAGUUGCGUGGCUACAAGCCAAGUGGCAAGAAGGUUGCCACCCCCAAAAUCUCUGCUCCCGCAUCCACUCCGCCGAGUUCCCUGCUCAGCAGGAUGCUGAACGACAACUUUAUCCUGCGCAGGCGCGGCAUUUCCCUGAAAAACUUCCAGCCGCAGUCGCUGAGGAACAGCGAAAUGCUGGCACAGCAGCUACCAGUGCCACGGCCUCCUCAGACCCCAUCGCCUACGCCCAUUGAGGAGCUGCCGGAUUGGGCGGCGGAGGAUGACUCCACGCGGGCGGGACGAAAGCCCAACCAUAAGGUGGUCAUAUACUUUGGGGACUCCAUUAAUCGCGGACAGCAUUCGCCACUGCCAUCGCCUAAAGAACUGCACUCGCAGCUGCUGCAGGAGAUGUCCCAGAAACUGAAGACCCACGAAGAGGUUACUCCAGUGGGGAAGGAGCCGAAGACUGAAGCGGUGGCGGGGACGGAGAAGAUAAAGGUGGAAACCACGCCGACGACGACGACCGUGGCGGCGGCGGCGGCGGCAGUGGAACUGCGGACGGAUGACGAACUGCCGCCCUACAUUGAGAGCGUGCAGAACGGCGUAAUUAAUAUCAGAAUUGAAGGCAAUUACCGGCGAGCCAGUGCCUUGGUGGAAACGGUGGCAAAACCGACUCUGGCCGUCGUGGGUCCAACGAAAUCCGAUGCAGCCGACGUUGCCGGCGAUGGCAACGAUAAUGACGACGACGAUAGCGACGACCCUGGCCAAGAUGAGGCGGAGACGGACUCGUGCGACUGGAGCUACGUCCAGGAGUGGCGGAGGGCAGCGAAACGACCCACUGGCAACCUGCCACCCAACUUCAGCCAACUUCCCGCUCCCAGCCAGAUAACCGGCCUGCCACCCGUUCCGCCCCUACAGCUGCAGUCUCCUCCCCAGCAACAGCCGCCGCAGCAGCAGUCCCUCUCGCAGACGCCACAUGGCGGAGGCCCCCAAAAGGGUCUGGCGGUGGCCAUGGCCACGCCAGCACCGCGGGUAUUCAAGGAACUGGCCCAACAGCCAAACAACAACAAAGGCUUCCCCCACAAGAUGGUGUCCAGUCCUGGCUGCCAGCUGGUGAGCUCCUCCAGCCAGUUGACUUCGCCUGUGUCCACCUCGAAGGCCCUGAUUCCGCAGCGAGCGGUGGCUGGUCCGGCACGCCUGACCGUACAGAGUACUCCGGUGAAGUCCCAGCCUCCACAGCUAAGCGGGAGAUUAAACCAGGUCUCGCCUAGCAGACCCACGCUGGGGAUACCCACAACGACGGCAAACUCCUCGUCGGCCAGGACGCACCAGCAUGACCAGUUCCGGGCGUUGCAGCGAGUCCAGGAGUGCCACAGCUCCUCGGACGAGAACCGGAGCUCCGGACACGCCAGUAUGUCGGAUACGGGUGGCCACAGCUCCUCGCCAGCCGGUGGAAUGACCUUGGGGCCGCUGCCCGAGGAUAGACUGGCGGCUGGUGUUACCAACCGGAGCACCAGAUCGCGCCGACAUCGCGGCAUCAUGCCGGCGGGGAAGGCCCCGUGGAGCGGAACCGGACUGGAGGACAUUAAGCUGGCUAUGCUCACGCUACGCUCCCAGACAAGCAGCAGCACAUACAGCAGCCUAAGCGCCGGGUCGGAGAGCUCGGAGCCUGCCCGCCGCCUGGGCAGGUACUCCUCGCUCGAAACCGUGGUGACCACCACCAGUGCGGACGAGUUCGUGUGGGUGGACUCCCACAACAGGCUCGUGGAGCUGCAGCAUCCACCCUGGAGCCAGCCUUGCAUCCUCCGAGUGCUCCGCAACGGACGCUGCCAGCAGCAGUCGGAGCACCUGGCCGUGGAGGCGGUGUCCCGGCUGGGCUAUCUUCUGCAACGAGCGCUGGUGAGGAUUGCCCGCGAGAUUCAACGCUUCUCCGCGGGCAUAGGCCUUUGCUCCAAACAGGAAGUGGCCGGAGCUCUUCGGGUGGUGCUCAGCUCCUCACUGGCGGACUCUUGCACGAAGGCCUGCCUCCGGGCCGCCGCCAUGUUCGCGGUACCCGGCGAGAGCGCCCUCAAGCAGAGCAAGUCCGCUCGAGCGGGCCUCCAGCUGUCGGUGGGUCGCUUCUACCGCUGGAUGACGGAUGCCCGGCUGGGCAAGUUCAUUCAUGAGUACGCGGCGGUGUACCUGUGCGCCGGCAUCGAAAAUCUGCUGGAGGAGAUCGCGCUGCAGUGCAACGGGAGCACUGCAGCUGCCCUGGACCAGAGCAUAGCCAGUUCCGGCGACGUGUGGGGUCUGCUGCAGCCCUUCGCACACCUGAAUGCCGGAAGAGUGGCCAGUGGGGCGUUGGCCCUGCCCAGAUGGGCCAGUGCCUCCUCGCUGGCCACCUGCGUGGGCAGUGUGCGGGAACUGAAGGAAAAGGCUCUGCGCACGCAGCAGGAGUUCCAGCUGGCAGCCGCCCUCUCCGGAUCUGCGCUGGCCGCUCUCUUCUACUUCAUGCGCUGCUCUCAACUGGAGCACACGGAGCUACUGGCCGCCUCGGGCUGCAACGCUGGCCAGGCCCCGGCUGUACCUCCGGGUGCAGGUGGUGCCUCCGCUUCGGCGGGCCACCAUGUCCAGGAACUGUGCUACGAACGUGCCUAUGUAGUGCUUCCGCCACUCGCCGAGUGGCUAAGAGUGGCCGCCGCCCAUGCCGAGCACAGGAGCGCCCUGAUGAUCGACAAGGAUGACAUUAUGCAGGCCGCACGUUUGCUCCUGCCCGGCGUGGAUUGCCCUAUCCGCCCGGUGGCCCACGAUGAGGAGCUGCCCACCAAGAAGACGCAUUUCAACAAUGCUCCCGCUGCCAGCUCGACGGGCACAGGCACGGGCAGCAGUAGCUGCAGCUCGCCAGUGGUCAGCGGUAUUGGGAUAGGAAUCGGCGAGGACACCUCGGAGCUGGGCAGGCGAGCCACCAUCGGAGUAGCGUUCAAGCUACUCCUAACCGGUCGAGCGGAACUCCUAGCCCAGGCCGCCCAACUGCUGCCUCCAACGACCCGCUACGAUACCCAGAACAGCGCUGGAUUAACCGCCCUGAUGAUCGCCAGUAUCCGUAACGAUGAGGUGGCCCUGCACGCACUCCUGGACGCCGGCUGCGACCCGAAUGUGGAGGUGCCUCCCUCUGGUAGCCCUGGACAUCCAGCUAUCCAAUCGGACACUCAACACUGGACAGCGCUGAGCUUCGCUGCCAGCAGGGCCAAUUACGUGGCCUUGAGAAUUCUGCUGGAACGAGGAGGCAAGGUCGAGGGCGGUGCCCGUAGCAGCGAGGAGAAAUGCACACUGACGCCCCUGCAGUUGGCUGCCGGAACGGGUAACUUGGAGAUCGUGGCCCUGCUCCUGGCCCAUGGAGCCAAUGCCUUUAUGUCCACCCAGCAGAAGGACUCUCUCUGCUUUGCUGGAUCCGCACAGAAGGGUUGCUUCUGCGCCAUUUCCGUAGCAGCAGCCCAUGGACAUCGCUCGUGUCUUCGGAAGCUGCUCACCCAUCCAGUCUCGCCCGGGACGAGGGAUGUACUCUCACUGGAGGAGAUGCUGGCCGAGGGCGAUGUGGGUGGAGUGAGAGCAGGAGGCGGUGGUGGAGGAGUAGGAGCAGGUGGACCUGGGAGUGUUAGUGGCAACGGAAACAAUGAGGAUCUGCUGCCGCUGCUAAACAAGACGCAGAUCAAGCGACUCCAGGAGGCCAUGUAUCACAGCGCCGAGAAUAAUCAUUUGGACAUCACAAUUGAGCUACGGAAGCUGGGUGUGCCCUGGACCCUUCAUUGCUGGAUGCACGCCUUGUCGGCAGCUCAUGACCUGCGACUGGACGCGGUGAUAGAUCAGCUGCUGCAGGACUUCCUGCAGGUAUGUCCCGACGACUACAGCGCCCAGUUCGUGAGCGAAUGCCUGCCACUGCUGUUCAACAUAUUCCGGAACAAAAACGAGGGCACCACCCUGCUCCUGGCUGACAUCUUUGCCACCUGCUUUGGCUGGGAGACACUGCCGCCGGUCAAGGAGCAGCCGACCCUGCAGCCCGUCCAGGGAUCACGGAUCGAUCCGAAGUUCGUCAACAAUCCAGAGCUGAGCGAUGUGACCUUUAGAGUCGAAGGCAAGAUCUUCUACGGACACAAGAUCGUCCUGGUCACGGCGUCGCCGCGCUUCCAGAGCAUGCUGAGCUCCAAGCUGAGCGAGGCCAGCUCCACGCCCACGGUCCAGAUCAACGACAUCCGCUACCACAUCUUCCAGCUGGUGAUGCAGUUCCUCUACAGCGGUGGCUGCAGCUCUCUGGAUGUAGCCCACGGCGAUGUCCUCGAACUGAUGGCGGCUGCCAGUUUCUUCCAGCUGGAGGGAUUGCUCCGCUACACGGAGGCACGCUGCUCCGAAAUGGUGGAUGUGGACAAUGUGGUGGCCAUGUACAUACACGCCAAGGUCUACAAUGCCAAUAGACUGCUGGAGUACUGCCAGUGCUUCCUGCUCCAAAAUAUGGUGGCCCUGCUCACCUACGACGAUUCCGUGAAGCGCCUGCUCUUCGCCAAGAAGAUUCCCAACCACGAUGUGCUCGCCGGGCUGCUCCAGACGCUUCAGAACCGCCUGAAGACCCGAAAACCCAACUCGGGAGGCGGACUGGUCAACUCCUAUCGAUCGCCACCGCCCACGCCGGUCAAGAAGUGAUCACGAUUCCAUUCUUAUUUAUUGCAUUGUUUUUAAUUUAAUCUCUGAGCUUUUAUGUAUUAUAAUAAUGUCCCCGUCCCGAUACCGAUCCCUAUUGUCCCGUCCUCCUUGUCCCUAGUUGUAUUUUUGUAUUUUCAAUUUGUUCAGCGCACUGUUAACUUAUACGAACCCCAGGAUGGCCGAGCAGGCGGUCCUCUAGCUAUUAUUUUGUAGU